AUGCACGGGGCACGAGGGCGUAAGGCUCAUGAUUUCCCUUGGGCGUCAAACCUGCCGACCUGGACCGGACAUGUAAUCAGGAGGAAUGAAUUAACAUGGGCCAGGCAGUUUAUGGAUUGGUAUCCAAGAGAGCACGUGAGGAAGAGAGGACGCCCCCCGACAUACAUGGACAAGGAGAUGAAGACCUGCGGGGGAGCAGCCUGGAAGAGAGCUGACUUUUCAUUUGGGGAUGCUGCUGAAGAUAUCGCUCGUACAACAGUAACGGUGCGAUUGGAACUGGAGAUGGGGGGAGAGAGAAUUGUGAUGCGGGGGGAAGGUAAGUGGGGCUUUGGUGGUACGGUGGCCUGGCUACUUCAGCAUUCCAUCCCACCACUCCCUAACUGA